AUGAUAUAUUUUUUGAAACGAGUUAAUCCGUAUAUAUAUUCCAAGAGAAUAACACAAACACGCUAUUAUUUUGCAGAAGCAGUAUGUUGGACAAGAAGUGCAGAAAGACAAAGUUGUCGCAUGAGAAUUGAAUAUCUUAAAUCAGUUCUGAAACAAGAUGUUGGCUUCUUUGACAAGCAAACCGAUAGUGAUUCUUCAAAGACCUUCCAAGUAAUUUCUACCAUAACUUCUGAUGCCCAAACAAUCCAAGACACCAUGGCUGAUAAGAUACCGAACUGUCUAGUUCACCUGUCAGCAUUUUUUUCUAGCUUCAUAGUAGGACUCUUCCUCUCAUGGAGGCUUGUAAUAGCUGCAUUUCCAUUCUCAAUAAUGAUGAUCAUGCCAGCAAUCAUAUUUGGGAAGGCAAUGAAAGAUCUUGGGGAGAAAAUGAAGGAUGCAUAUGGCAUAGCAGGGAGCAUAGCGGAACAAGCUAUCUCGUCGAUUCGAACGGUUUAUUCAUAUGUUGCCGAGAAAGAAACACUAAAGAGGUAUAGCUCUGCUCUUGAAAGGAGUAUGGAGCUGGGAAUAAAGCUAGGGAGAACAAAGGGUGUUGUAGUUGGUAGCUUUGGGUUGCUUUAUGCUACUUGGGCAUUUCAAUCUUGGGUUGGAAGUGUUGUGGUUAGGACUAAAGGUGAAAGAGGUGGACUUGUGUUUGCUGCUCAAAUUUGCAUGAUUUGGGGAGGACUGUCUCUGAUGAAUGCACUUCCAAAUCUAACUUUCAUUGUAGAGGCAAAAGUAGCAACAACCAGAAUUUUCCAAAUGAUUGAGCAAAUACCAAUCAUAAACUCUCACAAACAAAAAGGAAGGAUCUUAAGCCAUGUGAGAGGAGAAAUCACAUUCACAAAAAUUGACUUCACUUACCCACCACGACCGGACACACCGAUUCUCCAAGGACUGGAUCUGAAGUUUCCAGCAUGUAAAACAAUAGGCCUAGUUGGAGGCAGUGGUUCUGGAAAAUCCACAAUCAUCUCUUUGAUUGAAAGAUUCUAUGAUCCUUUAUAUGGUGAGAUAUUGCUUGAUGGACAUGAUAUAAAGAGGCUUGAGCUUAAGUGGCUAAGGUCACAAAUGGGACUUGUUAAUCAGGAGCCUAUUCUGUUUGCAACAUCAAUUAGGGAGAAUAUUCUGUUUGGCAAGGAAGGUGCUUCAAUGGAAGCUGUUAUAAAUGCAGCUAAGGCUGCAAAUGCACAUGGUUUCAUUGUUAAACUUCCUAGUGGAUAUGAAACUCAAGUGGGACAACUUGGGACUCAGUUAUCUGGAGGACAAAAGCAAAGAAUUGCAAUAGCAAGGGCCCUAAUUCGCAACCCGAAAAUCCUACUCCUUGAUGAAGCCACAAGUGCAUUGGAUUCAGAGUCUGAAAGAAUAGUGCAAGAGGCCCUUGAUUUGGCUUCAAGAGGCAGAACAACAAUCAUUGUAGCUCAUCGCAUAUCGACGAUUCGAAAUGCUGACUCGAUAGUAGUCCUUCAAUCAGGAAGAGUUGUUGAAUCUGGCUCCCAUGUUGAGCUACUCAAACUUAACAAUGGACAAGGGGGUGCUUAUAGCAAAAUGCUAAAACUACAACAAACAAAUCAAAAUGAAGAUUCAACAUUGAAUGAUGUGAGCAAGAGUCCCCAAGUUAUGUCAUAUUUAACAAGUCCAAGAUCAAUGCCAGUUACUCCAACUCAUCAUUCAUUCACCUCACCGACACCAAUAUACUCAAUCAGUGUUCUGGGGUCCCCUUUUGAUGACUACUCUGAGAAUUCUGAGAUUUCUUCAAAAGCAAGUUUCUCGCAAUGGCGUUUGAUAAGAAUGAAUUCCCCUGAGUGGAAGUAUGCUCUGAUAGGAUGCUUAGGUGCUAUUGGCUCUGGAAUUUGCCAACCUUUUUACUCUUAUUGCCUUGGAUUCAUUGCUUCUAUCUACUUUAUAACCGAUCACUCGCGCAUCGUCUCACAAAUCAGGCUGUACUCAUCAAUUUUCUGCAUCAUAGCAGUUGUCAACUUCAUAUCAGGCCUAAUUCAGCACUCGAGCUUCGCCAUCAUGGGCGAGAAAUUGCUAAAGAGGGUGCGCGAGAAUCUGCUAGAGAAAAUCCUUACAUUUGAAAUAGGAUGGUUUGAUCAAGAAGAUAACACCAGUGCAGCCAUCUGCGCUCAUUUGGCGUUCGAUGCAAACUUGGUCAGGUCUCUUGUAGCAGAAAGAAUGUCAUUACUAGUUCAAGUAUUUGUCACUGCCACCCUGGCUUUCGCACUCGGUUUAUAUGUCUCAUGGAAGGUGGCAAUGGUAAUGAUAGCUAUGCAGCCCUUGAUCAUUGCUUGUUUCUAUUCCAAAUUCAUGCUUAUGAAAAGUAUGUCAGGUAAAGCAAGAAAGGCUCAAAGUGAAGGUAGUCAAUUAGCAAUGGAAGCUACCAUUAACCAUAUAACUAUUGCUGCAUUUUCAUCAGAGAAAAGGGUAUUGAAUUUGUUCAAAAAUUCAAUGAAAGGACCUCAUUUGGAAACCGUAAAGCAAUCAUGGAUUUCAGCUGCAAUUUUGUCAUUGUCACAGUUCAUAACUACAGCUUCUAUAACCUUAACAUUUUGGUAUGGAGGAUUGCUGCUAAACAAAAAGAUGGUGAAUUCAAAUGACCUUUUGCAAGUUUUCUUAAUACUGAUGGGAACUGGAAGACAAAUUGCUGAGACAGUAAGCAUGACUUCGGACAUAGCGAAAAGCGGGAAAGCCGUUAGCUCGAUUUUUGCAAUUUUGGACAGGAAAACUCAGAUUGAACCUGAAGAUCUUAGGCUUAUGAAGUUCAGAAAGAACAACAACAUAAAGGGUCAUGUGAAGUUAAAAGAUGUGUUCUUUUCAUACCCAUCAAGGCCAGAACAAAUGAUCCUAAAGGGUCUUAGUCUUGAAAUUGAAGCUGGGAAAACAAUUGCAUUGGUGGGACAAAGUGGGUCAGGGAAAUCCACUAUCAUUGGACUAAUUGAAAGAUUUUAUGACCCAAUUAAUGGAUCAAUAUUUAUAGAUGGUUGUGACAUUAGGGAAUUUGAUUUGAGAAGUUUGAGGUUACAUAUUGCAUUGGUGAGUCAAGAGCCUACACUCUUUGGUGGAACUAUACGUGAUAACAUUGUGUAUGGAAAGAUUGAUGCAUCUGAAGAUGAAAUAAGAAAGGCAGUGCGUCUUGCAAAUGCUCAUGAGUUUAUAAGUUCAAUGAGAGAUGGAUAUGACACAUACUGUGGAGAAAGAGGAGUGCAGCUUUCAGGGGGACAAAAGCAAAGAAUUGCAAUUGCCAGAGCAAUACUAAAGAACCCAUCAAUCCUUCUCAUGGACGAAGCAACAAGUGCUCUCGACAGCGUUUCAGAGAAUCUAGUGCAAGAUUCCCUGGAGAAAAUGAUGGUUGGAAGAACAUGUGUGGUUAUUGCUCAUCGUUUGUCUACAAUUCAGAAUGUGGACACCAUUGCUGUGAUCAAGAAUGGGAAAUUGGUGGAGCAAGGUUCACACUCCGAGUUAAUGAAUGUUGGAACAAAGGGUGCUUACUACUCCAUGAUUAGGUUACAACAUGGGACUAACUCUACUAGCUGAGUGAAAUGUUGAUCAUGUAACAUUACCUUUUGAUUUACAAGCAUUGUUACUAAAUCAUGUUAGUUAAAAGAAGUACAUUCUCUUGUAAAAGAAAAAAAUCACUUUACCCGCUAGUUUAU